ACGUCGGCACGUUCGCGCCGUAUUUUUAGCGCCUGUUCGCGUCCUCCUGGGCUGCCAGAAUCCCCAGGCUUAAGGCGCCGGGCGGAGGGGCUUCACCGCGCGCCCCACGUGCCUGCUUUUUGCGCUUGAGGUUUUAGGUUUUGCAACCGCGGUGGUUAAAAAGGGGAAAGAGGCCGCCUGCCUAGCCCAGGUCCAAGAUGGACAAAGUCUGUGCUGUUUUUGGAGGCUCUCGGGGCAUAGGCAGGGCGGUGGCCCAGUUACUGGCCCAGAAAGGCUACCGAGUGGCCAUCAUCGCCAGAAAUCUGGAAAUGGCCAAAGCCACCGCCAGUGAGCUCGGCGGAGGUCAUUUUGCGUUUAGCUGUGAUGUUGCCAAAGAAUGUGAUGUUCAAAAUGUAUUUGAAGAAAUGGAGAAAAAUUUAGGUCCGGUUAAUUUCUUGGUAAAUGCAGCUGGAAUUAACAGGGAUAGCCUUUUAGUAAGAGCAAAAUCUGAAGACAUGCUAUCUCUGCUUCAUACUAACCUCUUGGGCCCUAUGCUGACAUGUAAAGCUGCCAUGAAGACCAUGAUUCAACAGCAGCGAGGGUCUAUUGUCAAUAUAGGAAGUAUUAUUGGUUUAAAAGGCAAUUCUGGCCAGUCUGUAUACAGUGCCAGUAAAGGAGGAUUAGUUGGAUUUUCACGUGCUCUUGCUAAAGAAGUUGCAAGAAAGAAAAUAAGAGUGAAUGUCGUUGCACCAGGAUUUGUUCACACAGAUAUGACGAAAGACUUGAAAGAAGAACAUUUAAAGAAAAAUAUUCCUCUUGGGAGGUUUGGAGCGCCUGUUGAUGUGGCCCAUGCAGUUGUGUUUCUUUUAGAAUCUCCAUAUGUCACAGGACACGUUUUAGUAGUGGAUGGGGGAUUACAGCUCGUGAUGUGACUUACUGAUUACUCAGCUAUAGUGGUAGUUAGCAUCAGGACAUGGUUAGACUGAUACCCAAUGGGUGAUGUUAACUAUUAAUUUUUCCUGUUGAUGUUACAUGAUGAUUUUCAUCUAUGAGUAUGUCUGAAAAGAACAGUAUGUUUUCUAAAUGGCAUGUACUAUAAAGAAAUUUUAGCAUAAGGCCUUUAAGUGAUCUAAACAAGGAGUAAUACUUUUCCUCAGAAGUGGGAAAAUUUAAAAAUCAUCAUGAAUUAUGUUAUUAGGCUGAGUUCUCUAGAAGUUAAUAUUGUGGGCCAUUGUCAAAAUAAGAAUAUAGGGCAUUUAGUCACUUUGCAAAAGUUAAACAUUUUUUGCCUUGCAGAUUAGUUUUUAUACAGUUGAAAAGAAGGUGUCUGACAUUUAGUCUGGUUUCUGUGAGUGGUUUUACUCUUGAUUGAACAGCUGGGCAAAAUAAUCUCAUAUGAAUAGAUAUACUAUAGAAAUUUUCAAAGAUGAUUAACCCUUAAGGUUUUACUCUCUUGUAUGGUAGUGAAUGAUACUUAUUUACUUAGGAAGUGAAAGUAGUUUUUAAUCUACAAAACACCCAUUUGAGCAAGUUAUUUAAGAACAGUAUAAUAAAUGACAUUUUGAAAAUUAAUAAUUAUGGCAAUACUAAUAUUUAAUCAUGAACAGUCAUAAGUGAUAUUCACUAACACAAGCAACAGUGAAAGCAUUAAAAGAAAUAUUUGGUAAUAAAGACACAAACUGAAUGUAAAAUAUCAGGCAGUAUCUAUUUUGCAUUGAAAUCUUGUAGGGACCAGCAUAAAAUUUUAAACGUUAAAUUUUUAUUAGAACUGAAUGUAGUUUUGUGAAAAUAGAUUUAAUUUUAUG